CAGCGAGCGGCGCCUGCGUCUGCGACCGCGCGGGGUCCGAGCGCGCGGCGCGGCGGCGGGGUCGGGGCCGGGGCGGGGACCGGGCACCGGGGACCGGGCAUGGAGCUGCGGAGAGGCGGCGGCCGCGGGGCGCUGGGGCGGCCGCUGCUGCUGCUGCUGCUGCUGCUGCUGGGCGCCGCGUGCCUGAUCCCGCCGAGCGCGCAGGUGAGGCGGCUGGCGCGCUGCCCCGCCACUUGCAGCUGUACCAAGGAGUCCAUCAUCUGCGUGGGCUCGUCCUGGGUGCCCAGGAUCGUGCCUGGCGACAUCAGCUCCCUGAGCCUGGUAAAUGGAACAUUUUCAGAAAUCAAAGACCGAAUGUUUUCCCAUCUGCCUUCCCUGCAGCUGCUAUUGCUGAAUUCUAACUCAUUCACGGUCAUCCGGGAUGAUGCUUUUGCUGGACUUUUUCAUCUUGAAUACCUGUUCAUCGAAGGGAACAAAAUAGAAACCAUUUCACGAAAUGCCUUUCGUGGCCUCCGUGACCUGACUCACCUUUCUUUGGCCAAUAACCACAUAAAAGCACUACCAAGGGAUGUCUUCAGUGAUUUAGACUCUCUGAUUGAACUAGAUUUAAGGGGUAAUAAAUUUGAAUGUGACUGCAAAGCCAAGUGGCUGUACCUGUGGUUGAAGAUGACAAAUUCCACUGUUUCCGAUGUGCUGUGUAUUGGUCCACCAGAAUAUCAGGAAAAGAAGCUGAAUGAUGUGACCAGCUUUGACUACGAAUGCACAACUACAGAUUUUGUUGUUCAUCAGACGUUGCCGUACCAGUCGGUUUCGGUGGAUACGUUCAACUCCAAGAACGACGUGUACGUGGCCAUCGCCCAGCCCGGCAUGGAGAACUGCAUGGUGCUGGAGUGGGACCACAUCGAAAUGAAUUUCCGGAGCUACGACAACAUCACAGGUCAGUCCAUCGUGGGCUGUAAGGCCAUCCUCAUCGACAGCCAGGUCUUUGUGGUGGUGGCCCAGCUCUUCGGCGGCUCUCACAUUUACAAAUACGACGAGAACUGGACCAAGUUUGUCAAAUUCCAAGACAUAGAAGUCUCUCGCAUUUCCAAGCCCAACGACAUCGAGCUGUUUCAGAUCGACGACGAGACGUUCUUCGUCAUCGCAGACAGCUCUAAAGCGGGUCUGUCCACAGUUUAUAAAUGGAACAGCAAAGGAUUCUACUCUUACCAGUCCCUGCACGAGUGGUUCAGGGACACGGACGCAGAGUUUGUGGAUAUAGAUGGAAAAUCGCAUCUAAUCCUGUCCAGCCGCUCCCAGGUUCCCAUCAUCCUCCAGUGGAAUAAAAGCUCUAAGAAGUUUGUCCCCCACGGCGACAUCCCCAACAUGGAGGACGUGCUGGCCGUGAAGAGCUUCCGGAUGCAGAACGCCCUCUACCUCUCCCUGACUCGCUUCAUCGGGGACUCCAGGGUCAUGAAGUGGAACAGUAAGCAGUUUGUGGAGAUCCAGGCUCUUCCAUCCCGGGGGGCCAUGACCCUACAGCCCUUUUCUUUCAAAGAUAAUCACUACCUGGCCCUGGGGAGCGACUAUACGUUCUCCCAGAUCUACCAGUGGGAUAGAGAGAAGCAGCUGUUCAAAAAGUUUAAGGAGAUUUAUGUGCAGGCGCCUCGUUCUUUCACAGCCGUCUCCACCGACAGGAGAGAUUUCUUUUUUGCGUCCAGUUUUAAAGGGAAAACAAAGAUUUUCGAACAUAUCAUUGUUGACUUAAGUUUGUGAAGAUGUGGUGGGUGAAUUUAAAAGACAUGUAGCAUUAGCCCUCAUAAGAGAGGACCAAGAAGAAAAAUAAACAACUAAACAAAAGCCAGUCUCAGCGCUCUGAGAUUAAAAAUGCACUGGGGAAAUAGUUAGAAGUUUUCCAACUUUAAGAACUCACAUUUUAAUCAGGAAUUGCAUUUAUUGGCUAACUGCAUGACAUGCCCCUUCUGCCAUUUAAAAAGACAUCUUAAAGCCUGUAAUUUCUGAGAAAAGAGUAUAGCAUUUACUCUUGCCAUCUAGGAAAGUAAUGUGCUUUUUCUUUUCCUCUUUUUUUUCUUUUUAAUGAGGAAGGAGAAAAUUGGGUAAGAUGGAACGGCUCUUAUAACGAAAUAAAAAGCCAACCAAACAAACUAUGGGCCCUUCUCAUUCCAUUUUAGCAGUCUUUUGGUAGGAAUGCUUAAAGCCAAAGUCAGCUGAAAAGAUUUGCUGAUGAUUAGUUUAAAAAUCUUCUACCACUCAGCAGUGCUAUUUUGAGCCAUCCUAGUUUCCUGAAAGUAAUGCCCAGCCCCCCGAAUCCUCCUUAAUAGCAGAACCUUGGCUAUUUUGUUGGCCAGCAUGGAUGCUUGUCAUGGGUAUGUUAACGAUUUAAUGUUUGACAUUGCUUCCUCUGCCACAAAGAAAACAUCCUGGUGACACAUGUCUAGGCCCAGCACGGGAUGAGGGCUCAGGAGUGAGACAAAGGAGUUUUCUCUCUUUCUUCUGGUUCAAAGCUGACCCUCGUGGUGGCUGGAGCAAUAAGGCUUGUUUGAUGCUCUUCAGGACUCAUCUGCUUCUCCGAACCCGUCCUUUGAGUUUGUGGGUAACCAGCAGACAGGCCAAAGACUGAAUGAUGCUUUUUGUUCCAUCCUGUAGAGGGAUGAAACAGGUAUUUCCAUCUGAUGAGCAUUCUGUGGAAUUUUUGAAGUGAGAUUUUAUGGAGUCAAAGGGACUUUCCAUAGGUCUUCAUGUGCUUUGAAACCUGGAGGUGGCUCUUUGAUUUAUGCAUGUCUUUGCCCUCUGGACAACUUAAUAUUUCAAGUAAUUGAAUACCAACUUCCCUACCUGCCCAUCUGCCUACCUCCCUAAUCACAUAACAGUCGUGUUUUGUUGAGUUGCUUCUAUUUCUGCUGCUAGUGUAGCCCUACUGAAGGUGCUGCAGACACCAGAUCGCAACCCGGAUACUCAUGAUAGUAACACUCCUUCUCCUCCCAGUACUUUAGCAAAGGAACCCUCCUCCCCCCAGGACCCCACACCCACAAGGGCCACAUGUUGGCAGCGGGGUCAUCCUAUACAGGCUGGGGACCUCAGGCUGAUCAGUAGGGACCAACUAUGGGGCCAGAUAAGCUGAAGCCCACAAACUAGGUGGGGACCAGGUGGCCUAUUUCAAAUUGUGCCUUUUUGCCACAGACAACAGAGGAGCUCGUGGAAUCCAGUCGAGUGGAAGGUUCCUAGUGAAUGUUCUGCCCGGGUAGCUGGUUCUCUUCAGAGAAUAAGAAGUGAAUGCUUUUAGGGGUAGCUCUGAAAGAGUAACCCUACAACUUCACUUCUAGCCAUGAAAGUGGCACAAUCAUGUUGUACUGUAUUAUUAUUUUUUAAUGAUUAUUUGCCAUGUCAUGAGUAGGUAGAUGUUUUGCCACAAAUAUGAAUGUGUUUGUUUCCUGAUUUAAGCAAUGCAGACUGAGGCAAUAUAAAUAGCA